GUCGUGCGGAAAACGGUCGCCAUCAUAUAGUUCAUGUAUCGGAAAACUUGCUUCUUUUCUAGAUUUAAGUGGAGUAAUUGUUUUGAAGAUAGUGUGACUAGUUAAGAGUUUUAUGUUGUAUAUCUUUUGAAGAGUUUUUGUCCGCCGGCUUGAGCAGUUUGGAAGAAUAAACUACAAUGGAUUCUAGAGCAUCCGAUGUUUUGAAGACACAGCGUUAUUUAGCGGCGCAGGCAAUACAAAAGGCCGACGAAAUGCGAGAACGAAGCCCACUAAAUGGAAAAUCGAUCGUUAACAGUCGUAACCUUCGCACACCACCAACAAAAGAUAAUAGCUACGAUUCACGAACUGAUGGGGAAUCUUUACUUCCGCCCCGUCGUUACAAAUCGAUCAAUAUAACCGAUCUGGAAGAGGAGCAUACCAUUCACAUGCAGGCUACACCGCAACGGGUGACGUUCGAACCGAAAGAAAUUGCCGCUCGGUCAACGAUGGAUAAAUGCGUCCGAGAUCAUGGCCGUCGAAAGCUGGAAGUGGAUCAGAUAGCUCCGGAUAUUCAAGAACUUUUGCAUCAAAGUGUUGCGGAUGAAAUUCGUGAAUUAAGUCUCCGGUACAAGGAAAAGCAACAAGCAAAUGAUUCCGCUCUCUAUGGAAACCGAAACGAAGACCGGCCGAAUUUUAGUUUGCCGCGAACUGCUGACAUGAGCAGAAUGUCGUCGGUUCGUGAAUCACUGUCGUCAGUUCCACCGAAAGAAACAAGUGGAUCAGAGAAACGUGAUUUUUGGGACAUCACAUCUGCUGCUGUUGGCGAUAGUUGGAUGCAAAAGGAGCUUUCCCAGCUGGACGAAAUCGAUUUCAGUUCGGUGGAAGAGCAAAACUCAAGGCUGUUGAAAGACGAGAAAGCAUGGGAACAGGAAAAUGCCAUAAUUCCGUCGGUUUACGAAGCAGCGCGACCGAUCAGUCCAUCGGGGGGUGAAAGGGUAAAGUAUCCGACGAAUCUGAAAAAUCAUGUGGAUUUCUCCUGCUUCUCGGGUUAUUUAGCCCAGGAAGAUGUUGAACCAAUGCAAGCCACUCACAUCGAAGACAGUAGCUACUGCUCCGUUGGGGAGUACUUCAACAAGAUGUCAUCUAGCCUGAAGGGUAUGAUACCGGAUGGGAGUCCUCCCCGCAGGACACCCUAUCCUCUCGUGGAUUUGAGCAAUUUCGGAACACCGGAUGAAACAAUUCCAAAAAGUCUUCCUAAAGGCAGCAAAAGUCAAAAAGUUAAAAACACAGAAUCGGAAAAGGAGAACUCGUUGAGCGUGUCCAGUAUUAUGAAAGCGAUAAAUGACAUACAUCUGGAAGAUUCACCGACAGCGUUUAUUAACAAGCUUACAAAUCUACGCAAGGCAAAAUCCAAUCUUGCUCCAUCGCAAUCGGAAGUACCAAUCAGCACUCCCAUGUCCGAUUCUAGACAAGCUAAGCAGCUGCAUAAAACCACUUCUCUCAAGGCUGAUCUCGACUGUGUUACGAAAAGUCCUUCAUUUGUUCGAGAUUUAGAUGAAGCUAGAAGGCACAAUCCAAAACCUACGGGAGUUCUUUCCGAUACGGCAAGCUUCACCGAGUCCUUGCUAGAAUCCUCAGUGUUUGCUCCGGUAAAACCGGUUCCCGUUCCGCAACAGUCGACCCCGUCUUCAGCGGCCAAGUCUAUUCAGAGUGAAAAUGAUGGCACGUAUCGAAUUUCGACAGCUCGAAAACCCUUCCUGGACACGUACCGAGUGUCGACAGCUACGAAACUAUCCGAGCACCAGCUCGAACUGCCACCAGUUCCGAUAGUGCGUGAUCCUCCCAAAUGUCAACGGCAGAUCAUCGUCGAUGCAGCUCCAGCUAAACCGAACCGAAAGCGAAGAUCCAGUUCGGCCACUAGACAGGAAUUGCUGGAAGCCGAGGAAAAACGACAAGCCGCUGCUUUACUGGCCAAUCAGCAGAAAAGAUCUCGGUCACCGUGCAAUCUGGCGGAGUUGAGAGCCGUUGCCAGUCAUCUAGUGGAAUAUCCGGAAACUCCCAAAAGCACAAUUCCCUCCCAACGUGGCAUUAUCGGUCCAGGACAGAAGUCGUUCCUUUCGCCUGAACCGCGGACACGCGAAACUCAAAUGUAUGGUGAGAAGUCUCCGUUCACUUCUCCCAAAUCGAUGGCAUCCAGUCACGAAUCGGAACUGGGAGGAGAUCGUGGUGCCUACACCGAGCCUCCCAAGGCACAGGUGUCUGGAAAUUUCCUAUUCGCUUCAGCACGUUCUGCGUCGCAAUGUUCCGUGGCGGGCAGUGAAUUCAGUCAUAAGGAUGGAGUUCUGCCACUGAAAGCUACUCACAAUGAAAUUUCCUGGGGAAGCACGAAACUUCGCCGGAACGAGAAGAAAUCGAUUCAGAUUAAAAAUAUUUCAUUGAAAAAGUUAGUGAUCAAAGCCAUCAUAACCGGGCCCGGGUUCCAGCUGUGCGGAAUGGAACAAAGUGGAAUUCUGACACUGCAAAGUCAGGAGUGUCGAACAAUCACGGUGGAUUUUUGCCCUACCGUCAUUGGACCGGCUGUUGGACUGUUAUGUUUUCAGCCUCCACACGAUUGCUAUGGACAGCGUGUUGUUUCCCUGUUUGGAUAUGGUGGGGAAGCUUCGAUAAGAGUUGAAGGCAUUCAAAAAGGACCGAGUGGACCGUACCUGGAACUCGGCAAAGCACGUAAUUUGGGUUGUCCUUUGGAAAAAUCGUUCUCUUUGUACAAUCGAGGUAGUUUACCGGCUUUCGCUCGAAUUGGGAUUGAUAAGAAGGGUUUGGAUCAAACGUUCCUGGCAUCGGCUGUUUACGUUCAGCCCCACAAAAUUAUCAUUCCACCGAAUAGUUACGCUCACGUUCACGUCGUUUUCAAACCACGGCGUCAAGAAGUUGCGAAAAUUCUCGAGAAACAAGUGGACGUUCUGUCCAUCACCAACCUGCAUAUCCUUUGGGGUGAUGAACCGACACGACAUCGCAUCCGCAAAAUAAUACAACUUAUCAAACGUAACGAUUUGCACCAGAAAAAAAUCGCACCGCUGGAAUCCGUGUGCGAAACAUUCCCGAAGGAAAAAGAUUUCGGCGAACUGGAAUCGUUUACCGAGAACAUUUUCGAAACCAUUCACGAACUGUUUCUGACCUUCCGCGAGUAUGAACUAGUUCUGACGGUGGAUCGCGCCUUGGACGAAACCAUGAUCGACCUGUCGCUGUCGGAGGAGAACAGUGAACUAUUCAAAACCAUGUUCGUCUCGUCGGAUGUUGGAUCGCCUCGUUUGCCGGAGGAUAUUUCACCGGGCAUUACACCGGCACUGCAGUCAGCCAAACGAGAAAGCGGUGAAUCGUGGAGCGUACGGCCGACCUUCCUGGAGUUUCGUCCUAGCGAACGAACGAAACAGUUUGUCAUCAAAAGUAAUUUUUACACAACUCAAUUUUUCGAGCUCAACUCCAACUUUAGACCACUGUUUCGCUUCUCGCCCAUGGAGGGUCAGAUCCGUCCCGGGCAGGAGGUGGUGGUCAAUGUAGACUUUCAGGCAGGGUUGCCUACUCAGCAGCAAAUUCUGAUUGUGGUUUACAUUGAGAACGAAAAGAUUACCAUCCCCGUAUACGUUCGGAACCGAAAUUAAGUUGAUCAACAACGACAAUCAUUCAGCUUUCGUCUUGCCCUACCUAUCGCACCCAUUUAGUUCAGUAAGAAUUGUGACAUCCAUGCGAUUUCGUAUAAGUAUUUAUUGUAAAACCUUUAUCUUUUUUUGUUCCGUGGACAUUGUUAAUGCAGUGCAUUUAUUUUUGUGGACUGACUAAAAAUCAAAGGCGUUUCAGU